AUGAUGAAAUCUGAAAACGAACCAGAAGACGUGAAGAUAGGAGCAGCAGCAGCAGCAGCAGUAGCUGCUAGGAGCAAACGAAGAGCCACUAGUGAAGGAGUUCAAGAGACACCAUUGGCCAAGAAACUUCAACGUGAGAAGGUACCGAUCUCGAUCAAGAAGGAUAUAAUCGCGAAGCACGAAGCAGGUAUGAGUUAUGCGGAAAUUGCUAAACUCUAUCGUCGUUCCACCUCAACAAUUGGCUCGAUAUACGCGAAUAAGGAGAAGUAUAUGAAUGUGUUCGCGGCCGAGGGCGUUUCGGUGCUCACCAAACGACGCACCAAAUCCAUUAAUGAUGUUGAGCAAUUGCUGUUGACAUGGAUUAAGCAGAGGGCACUGACCGGUGAACACAUCACCGAGACGAUGAUACGGGAUAAGGCAAGGUGCUUGCAUUUGGAGAUGAUUCAGCUGAAAUCCGCAUCGAAGAGUGACGAAGAAAUUGAAGCGGAAACAUUCAAAGCAAGCCGAGGCUGGUUGGAUAAUUUCUUACGACGCAAUUGUAUUCGUAUUACGUCGUCAAGAUCACGGAAUGUUUCUGGUGACUUGAAUUGCAUACAAAUUGGGAAUGGCGAAGUAGUGGAAAGGGAUGAUUUCACAUGGAACGGACACGGUGGGCGAUGUUCCGUGGACGAGACAAUGGUCAGUGAGGUACUGAAAGAAGCGUAUGGUAAGGAUGAAACUAUGGGAUUAGACAAAAGAAUCAAAGAAGAACCGGAGGAGGAUAUCGUGUCUCCAGUGUUCACCAUGGAACCUAUAAGCACUAGUAUUGUGAGGUCUGCUGGACAAAACCAGUGUACAGAUCAAGAAAAUACGACUUCAUCGCAUGAGCAGAAUUUCGAUACAGAUUCCGAAUUCAAUAGCCAUUCGUCUACGUCUGCAGAGGUUUCAACGAGAAAAAAUGCACUGGAUAAUUCGGACAAUAUGACUGCGAAGGAAUUCGAAGUAAGAUUGGUGAACAAACUGCACGAUUUCCCAAGCGAUCAGCGAGCUCUGGUCAGAGAAAGACUGGAGAACGAGCUCGACAUUCUGUUCGCGAGAAAUAUUUCGCAACAAAUCAAAGCGCAUUUUCAUGGUGAUUGUCAGCAAAACGCUAUGAAAAGAUUACUUUCAGUUGUGAACGACAGCACAUUUUUGAACUGA